AUGGCUGGGAUCGACGGAGCCUUGAAACACGAACGGGUCCAGUCGAUGAGAUUGCCGUCGGCAGCAAUUCGUUCGUUCUUCACGGUCAGCGCGGAUCGGGCGCGACGGACGGCCCGGCGUGAGAAGUACAAAUCAACCAAUCAAAUUGGGUUUUACCUGACAGCGACAGGGGUAGGGUUAUUUGAUACUCCAAAUAAUCCGGAAACGAUUUCCGAUCGUCUCUGGGAAGAGUGGCGACUGAACACUUAUGUGGUCAAUGACGCCUACUUGAGUGGAAAUUCGUUCUCGCAACGGGGGGGGGGGGGGGGGGCAGGGGGGGCAAAUCGUUUGUCGCUAUUAGCUGUUGUUGCUCAGGAACGGGUCGAGCCUCACAAGAUCCUACACGACGUACCCACCAUUGGGCCGCUCUCCUAUAUUAUGAGCGACUACGACUCGGCCGUCAAGGUCCACGCGACCCUGGCGUUUUCUAGUCCGACCCGCAUGACCUCGCAGCGUUUCCGGUCGCGUCAGUAUCACCUUUUCUCGAUCCGCAAGCCUCCCCGGACGCACAACCGUGCCGAACGACGUCAACCGUCCGAAGAAUCUAGUACGUCGGAAGAAUCGAGAUCGCGGCUUUCCAACGACACAACGUCACGAGAAGCACCUCCCGCAAACGAGUAUCCGGUUAGUGCCGUGGUCUCCAAGGCCAGGACUCGCCUCUUUGGGUUUCUGCAGGAAGCCAACGUUGUUGCGGUGGUUCCAAAGACUCCUACGGCUGCUGCUGUUACGACCCCCAAGACGAACCUCCCAAUCACGGCUUCAUCGGACUCUUUGUCGUUCUUUCAGUCGGGACGAUCGUACUACGACACUCUUAUCCCUACCGGUUGGUCCGACGAGGAAGAACGAAGAUUUACUUUGGAAAGUCCGGAUGUCAUUUGGGAGCCAGACAUAUGUAAAGUUAUUGGCAGCGCGAAACGUGCGCACGUGCCAGAGCAUAUCACAGUCUUGAUUUCGUCGACGAAAAAGACAAUCAAAGUACAAGAGACCGGCGUCUCGAGUCAAGAUGAUGGAACCGGGACCAUGCCUAUCGAAGCACUGCGAAUUAAAACCUUUGAGGAUUCUUCGUACAAUGCAGAAUCCGUUAUUCAAGACGAAACACUGAAUGUCGCUCAUGGGAUGGAUGACCAACCGGGAAAAGCUGACGACCACAUCGGCCUGCUUCUACCGCAGACCAUUCCCACAAGAUUUCUUUCCCGGAACCAUUCGCGAUCGUACAAACUCAGAGAGCGCGCCGCUAGUAGUAUUCAACGACACUUUCGAAUUAGUCGCGUACGAGCCAGAUUGCGUCAAGCUAUUUCCCAGACCCUGACUCGUUCGGCCCGGGACAGGGGCCACCGCGUUGUCAACAAAUUGCAACAGCAGCGAAAUGCGGAUGUGCUGGCAGCUUUAGGUCGCUUUCAAACGGCCCUGGCACAAGCAGAUUGUCAAUUUGAUUUUUUUGUCUCAUAUGAAGACUACCGUAAAAAAUUCCAGAAAAACACUCCCAAUGAACCUACAUUUCAGACUGAAAAAGCUGUAUUGAAAGCCCAAAGCUUGUGGAGGGGCACGUCUUUUCGAUGGAAGGUAGCAUUGAGGUGGCGAGGGAUUCUAAGACUACAGGCCUGGGUACGAGGUGUCACUGCAAGAGUUUGCUAUCACCACAAGCGUAGGGCCAUCAUUUGCCUUCAAAAAACUCAGCGAAACUUUAUGGUCCAAGCUUCUCUCGCUCGCGUAACAGCGAGGCUCACGAAACAACUUGGAGACAAGAGGAGGGCCCUGGCUGCUUCUUCAAUCCAAAACUUCUGGCGCUGCGUCCAUCCCAAGGUAAAGCUACGUCGUGUGCGUAUUCAUCAGUCUUUAGGACGCGCCCUUCACACGCGCCAGCAAAAUGCGGCUCAGACAAUUGGCAGAGCAAUCAGGGGAUGGGCAGUAAGAGUGCGAUAUAAGCGUUUGAACAAAAGUGCACGGGCUCUUCAGGCAGUAGCUCGACGCAACAAUGUCUACCGCCGAAUCAAAAAAGAGAUCUCUGCCUUGUUGAUUCAACGAUUCUGUCAUAGAAUUUGGCUACGGAUCGCUAUUCGACGGCAUCUCAUUCUUCUCGCCUUCGGUAGAGAUCCAAAAACUCGUCGACACAAUGCGGCUGUUUCUGUGCAACGAAGGCACAGGGGACGAUGGUCCAAACGCCACUUUCAGGUCGUUGUGAGAUCCGUGGUUGCGAUACAAGCGGCAAGACGUCGUCAUAAGGCAGUUGUGGAGCUUCGGGAUUCUAUUAGGGGGUGCUGUACCAUUCAGAAUGCUUGGCGUCAAGUUACUGCUCGGAAAAGAAUCGGAGACUAUGGUCCAGAGGAAUUGGCGCCGAUGUGUUGCGAUACGUCGUUUGCACGCCGCGAUCGGACCGUGUAA